AAGUAUCUCGCUUGAAUACAAAAUGGCGGCUGAAGAAAUACUUUUUAUGUCAGAAUAUGUGCGAUUUAAGAAAAAUAAUGGGAAGCUGAAGCUUCUUUCCGAUAAAAUAAUUUGGAUUGGAGAUGAAGCUGAAAAGCCUCGCUUGUGCUUUGCUUAUUCACAUAUCAAAGUACAGAGAAUAAGUCCUGAAGGGAGCUCUAAGAUACAACUUCAGACGGUCCUACAUGAUGGAAACUCAUACAGCUUUCAUUUUGUCAAUCCUUUGGGAAAUGAACGCAAAGAUCGCGACGAAGUAAAAGAUCUUUUGGCACAAUUAAUCCCUGCUCAUAGGAAUAAAGCAAAUAAGGAUUUAGAAGAAAAAACAAAACUACUGGAAGAAAAUCCUGAUCUUUAUCAACUCUAUAAAGACUUGGUUGUCAGUGAGAUUUUAACCGCGGAGGAAUUCUGGUCUAACAGGAGUAAUAAUAUGCAGACAUCAAGCGUCGAUGCAGCUGUCACAACUGCUCAAACCAUUGGUCUUUCUUCUGGAUUUUUGUCUGAAGUGAAACCUGAAAGCAGUGGUUGUAAUGAACUUCGAUAUAAUCUUGACGCAGAUACAAUUACGGCGAUUUUCAAAACUUAUCCAGCUGUCAAGAAGAAACACGUGGAAAACGUUCCAGGGCAGAUGAGCGAAAAGGAAUUUUGGACAAAGUUUUUUCAAUCACAUUUCUUUCACCGUGAUCGACAGAAGUCUUCGUCCGAUCUUUUCUUGGAAUGUGCAAAUCAUGAUGAGCAGGAAUUUCUUCAUCAAAAACUUUCUAAAUUUUACGAUCGUCUGUUGGAUAUAUCUGAAGAAUCUCCCAUUUCUGAUCACGGCUACGGUUUGACUGCACCUUUAGCAAAAGUGGAACAGAAAAAUCAAAGUGAUGAUUUAUUCCGACGUUUUAACCAUCAGAGUUCAAUGGUACUAAAGUCGACUAUAGAUUCAAGAUCUGAUAUAAUAAAUAAGCAGUCAAAGAAUAGUUAUACAAAUGAAGAACAUGACUCACCAUUAAAGAAGGCUCGACUUCGUGGGAUGGUAACUUAUGAAGACUUAGAGGACGAAGCCAUAACAAAAUCUUCGACGCUAAAGAUCAAGGACAAAAAUCAGUUUUGUCAAGGAAUUCCAAACGAAUCAUCGUUCGUAAAAGAGCAGGUCCCUCAAGACAGUUAUUCAUUCAUAAAUGGCAGUUAUAAUCAUCUUUCUUACGCAAUGAAAUGUUCAGUUGAUGUUGAAGAAUGGCAACCAGAUCUUACCGAGGUACUUAGCAGCGACAGUGCUUGCGAGGUUUUAACUGAGUUGUCUCCCGGUGGUAUUCUAAUGAGAGAUACAUCACAAGUUGUGAACAGUAUUGAGGAGAACACUUUUUUGACUGAACUUCGUCAACAUUACAAUGCAGUUUCAGAAUUAUUGCGUAACUUUUGGUCUUGUUUUCCUGUCACUUCGUCACUUUUGGAAGACAAGGUUGAGCGCAUGAACAAGAGUUUAGAAAAGUACAGAGAUCUAAAGCUUCGUGUAUUUAUCUCUUCACUGGAAAAUCAGAAGUGUGGUGAACAUCUCAUGAAUAUGGUUGACAUCGCCAUUGCAAAGUAUAAAAUAUUUCUUGAAAAAAAGGGAAAAACGAAACUGAAUUGAAUGACAACCUUGUCAUAAGUUCUUCACCUACUAUGAAUCAACACCAUCAGUACGCCCAUUAGUGAAACAGAAUGAUAAGUGAUUCCAAGGUAUAAAUAACGGUUAUCUGUAAAGAAGAAUUUGGGAACCAAAGAAUGUAAUUUGGGGUAAGGUCCAGUGGCGUGACCAGCAGCAAGUUUGUUGUUGCUAUGUAUGCAUUUCGGUUUUCAUUCACUGUAAAAACAAAAGAUUUCGAAAGAAUUAAUAAUGCUUAUGAUCUGAAAUUGACCCAUCACGAACAAACAUGCCGGCUGGUUGUGUCACAUCGUAUGGAAUGGUGGAAAAGUGAAACUCGAAAUAAAAAAAGCCAGAGUGUGAAAUACUCGGAAUCAGAAAA